ACAUUCACUUUUAAUAUCCUUGCCCCUGCAUUGACUGACUCCAACUAUAUACUCAUCCAAGUUUCCAUUACUUUUUCUAUUUCCUUCCACAACUUGUACAUAAAUACACCCUUUCUCAUCCUUUUUUUUAACCUCAAAAUGAAUCAUCUUCAUUCCCUACCUUAUACUAAUACCUUACUCUAUGCUUCUUCCCUAGGUUUGGAUUAUCAUAAUAAUCUUGGACUUCUCAAUUCAGACACCAACAUGUCUUUAAUUAUGGAUGGAAGUGCGGCUUCAUUUUCAACUCAAGAGUCUGAUUUUUCAACUGGUUAUUUAGAAGAUGCUUUGGUUGAGUUUGGUGAAAGUUCUAAACGUAGACGUUUACUGCCAUAUACUGAUACUGAUGAUGAACAAAGCAAGAGUAGUAUUACUACUACUACUACUACUUCCAUGGAUGAUUUUGAUAAGAAUUUCUGGAAUUUCAACCCUAUAUGGAACCAACCAGUUGAGAAUUUCUACUGCAUGGAUCAAAUUGAAAGGAUUUGUGGAUUUUCAGAUGAGCUUAUAAGUCCAUUGAGGAGUAGAAUGAAUGAGCAACAAAACAUUCAUGUAGAAGACACAAAAACAAGAGAAGAAACAAUAUCAGCUUCUGAAUCUCCAAAUUCCUCCUCAUCUUCAUACAAAGAAUUAUUGUCCAAAACCAACAAAGACACCCCACUUGGAAGUAGUAGUAGUAACGAUGAGACGAUGGUGAGAAAGAAGAGGAUGAUAAGAAGCACAAGAGUGGUGUAUCCAUUUGCAUUAGUAAAACCUGGAGGAGAAGAAGAUGAAGUGACAUUGAAUGACAUAAACGAAAGGAUGUUAAUGGCACCAACAAGACCAGUAAGGCAUCCAGUUGGUGACUUUGCAUGUCGGCCAUGCGUGUCUGCAACAGGUCCAGGCCUUUCAGGGAAAGCAGUGGUGGCCCUUACUAGAAUCCACACUCAAGGUAGAAGAGGCACCAUCACUAUUAUCAGAACCAAAAACUAGCUAAUUCGCAACAAUGUCUUAUGGCUUAUUUACCUUUUACUACUUCUAUUGUACCAGCUUUUUCA